UUUUUGGUUGCUCCUUGAGAGAAUCUUUAUUCUGAGUCUCCUGAGGAAGACAUUGACUAAAAUGAUGAAGAUUGAGGAAGUUGGGGGAAAUAGUCCUUAGACUAAAAAAAGCCUCUAAUGUAUUAACUCUGUUUUCAUUCUCUGACUUCCCUCUAGCGCUGACUCACUUGUUAUGCUCUGUCUCCACUAUCUCCUGUGUUUCUCAUGUUCAAACCAAGAUUGGAGGAUAGGUCAUUAGGAUAAAUACUUUAUAUUGUUUCUGGCUUUCAUGUACCCUGUUUGAACUGGCUCUCCUUGAUGGUAAGUUGCUAGCGGACAAGGAUCACUAAAAACUAAAUUGUGUGCUAAUUUUAUGUGAAACCAGAUUGUUAUAGCACUCAGGUCAGCAGAUACAUGUUCCCUUUCCCCUCUCCCUAUAAAAAAAGAGACCUCUUACAAUAAUCAAAGUCAUUUCCUAAGUAUUGGUUCUGUGCCCCGUCCCUCCUUUUGUUCCUUUUUGGGAUGGAGUGUCACCACCCAGCACCUAGCACAGUCUUUUCCAUAGAGUAGGUGCUUUGUAACAGUUGAUUGAGCUUGUUGUCUUUUGUACUUCCUGCCUUCAGAUUAUGUGUCUUUGUAACUUAGUCUGAGGUGGAAGAGACUCAUUUCUGCCACUGUGCAAACCUUCCAACUGCCAUGAAUUUUGCAUACACACAUACCUGUGCCACAGAGCUGUAUAUUCAAAUACCUCGGAACAGGAUGUGUCUUUUGGAUGUGGUCCCACUGUGAUUCUAAUUUUCUCAUGUAUGGUCCAAGUAGAGCACUUUAACUUUGUUCAGCCAAGGAAUAGAUAAAUGGCCCCGCAAAGAGGACCGGCGAGAAUUCUUUAUUUUGAGUUUCUAGGUUUUGCACCUCUGCUUCUUACAGUUAAGAGUACAUGCGGAUACUUCAUCGAUGUCAGACUGAGUUUAUUCAUGUGGACAUUUUUAAUGUAGAUGAGAGCUGAGAUUAUUUUGUGUAUCCAUCAUUAGACCAUUUUGUUUGAGGCCUGUGAACAUGGGUUGUGCUGUAAGUUCAACAAGCGAUCCCUGUGAUUUUUUUUUAAAGAUUUUUUUGGGGGGAGCAAUUUUCGGUUCACAGCCAAAUGAGAGGAAGGUACAGAGAUUUCCCAUAUACUCUAGCUGCACACAUGCACAGCCUUCUCUGUUAUCAGCAUCUCUCAGCAGAGUGGCACAUUUGUUAUAUUUGAUGAGUUUCCACUGACAUAUCAUAACCGCUUAAAACCCAUAGUUUGUUUACAUUAGGGUUCACUCUUGGCAGUGUGUAUUCUGUGAGUUUGGGCAAAUGUAUAAUGACCAUAUAUCCAUCAUUCUGGUCUCAGAGCUAGUAUUUUCACCACCCUAAAAUUCCCCUGGGCUCUAUUCUAUUUCUCCCUACUCUCAUCCUCUGGCAACUGCUACUCUUUGUAUUGUCUCCAUAGUUUUAUCUUUUCCAUAGUGUCAUAGUUGGAAUCAGACAAUAUGUAGCCUUUUCAGAUUGACUUCUUUUACUUGGUAAUACACAUUUGAGUUUCCUUUAUGUCUUUUCAUGGCUUGAUAGUUCAUUUCUUACUAAGUUUCCUUCGUGUCUUUUCGUGGCUUGAUAGCUCAUUUCUUAGCGCUGAAUAUUCCAUUGCUUGGAUGGACCACGGUUUAUCCCUUUAUCUAGUGAAGCACCUCUCAGUUGCUUCCAAGUUUUGGCAAUUGUGAAUAAGGCUCCUAUACUCAUCUAUGGGCAGUUUUAAUAGUUGGCUUCUUAGCAUUGUAUGGUAAUGAGCUAGAAUAGAAAAUCCACAGAAUUGAAUAAAAAUAAAGAGCAAAGGUAAAUGAAUGGUUUGAGGGUGAGCUUAGAGUCUGAACUGUGUGAUGUAGUGGAGGGAACACUAAUUCAAACAUCUAAUUUCUUAAUUAUGCCACUACUUUGCAGAGCUAUUUUCCCUUCAACCCAUGAACAGACUUUAUCCUUUAGUGGCACAGAGCCCAAAUAGCAACCUGAAAUCCUUUUUUUUUUCUUUUCCUAUAAUUUUUUCAUGCUUACUUAUUUCCUGAGAUGGUCUUCUCAUUUAGGUAUUUAGAAAUUGGAGGAAGGAUGGGUACUGUUUGAUUGACUGCUGGAGGGCAAUUGGGCCAAUAUCAAAGAUUUUGACUCUAGAGUGUUAGAACAGUUUUUAUUGUAAAGACAAGAAGGACAAAUGAGGUACUAGUCAGGGAACAGGAACCUUCAAAUGAAGUCUUUUGGGUUUUUACAACAAGAGCCAGAAGUUGCUCACUGUCAUGAAGUUUAGGCAUUAAGUCUAACAACCGUGGAGGUGGGAAUCGUGGCUAGGUGAGGUCCACUUCUCAGGAGAGGGAGGAAGACCAUCUUUUCGUAGGACUAGUGUUUAUGCUAGACAUACUUCACGUUCAAGAGGAGGAACAGCAUGCUGCUGUGAAAUGAUAAGCCGCUGAGGUUUGACAGUGUGACCAGAAAGCUGGAAGGUGUGACUAGAAGCCGUGAUCUAAGCUCCUAGCUGACAAAGUGAAUAUUGUCAGUAGGAGUUGAGGUAAGUUGUGUGGUUUCCCAAAUGGAAAAAGGCUUUGCAGCCAAGCAGCCAGGAAGUAAGUAAACAAAUGCUUUGUAUAUACAUAUGUUUUAUGUAUUAUGUGUGUUUUGAGCAAAAGUGAAUUCAGAAGACCAAGGAUAUCCUCUCACUGGCUUCUCUCUAAAAUGGAAAAAUCUAGAUUUUAUAGUCAAUUUCUCUUAACUCGAACCCCCUUGCUCAUCAAGCACACAUGUAGGCAUCGUAUCUCUUGUCUGUGCUGCAGUUACGAUAAGGGACCAGACAGAUGUGGUAGUCACAGAGUUUACGUAGAGAAGACAGACAGGUAUGGAAGUGCAAAAAGGUAAUCUGCAGCUGUCUAGGCUCCAUCGUGAGAACUCUCCACCCUUUCAUCAGCUAUAAGGAUGUAAAGCAAAACAGAAUAAAGGCUCAGCAUUACUAGUGUCUCCACAGGGACAGGAAAAUAUAAAUAGCUAGAUCUGAGGGCACAGAAUGGUUUUUCUAGGGCGGUAGUAGGAUGCCGCCCACGUUUUUCCAGUACUAAUGUGCCUGCCCGCCCCUUCCUACCUCCUUUCUUCCGAACGUCUACACUCCAAACCUCACAUGUUAGGACAGAGAAACUAGCUCAGCCUGUCAGGACUUCUGGAUCGCAGUCCUGGCUUUUCUGCUAUUUAUAGAACCUUGGGAGAGAGAGGGAAAAAAUGACUAUUUAUUUUGAAGUCUGAGAAAUCCUAUCUGUAGUGCUAAUCUCAUUGAAGUCUUCCAAGUCUAUCAAGUGAGUGAUAUUCUCAUAGAACAUGGGAGGAAACUGGCUUGAAGAUCGCAAGUGACUGGUUCACAUUUUUGCAGCUAGAAACUAUUUGAACCUUGGACCUCAAAUAAUAAUAUUUACACGUAAUGAGUGCCUACUGCGUGUUUACCAGGUCUGGUUGGCACUUGAUAGACCCGGUCUCACUUAACUCUCGUAACAACCUGAGAAGGCAAAUAUUCUCGCUAUCUUACUCUGAUGAACCCGACGUUUUAUAGAAGGGUAGUGACUUGCCCCACAUCUCACAGGGAAGCUAGUGCUGGUAUUUCAAGCCACAUCUGCCUGCUUCCAGAAUUCAUGCUUUGUAGCAUGAGGUUUGUUGCAAAUCCAAGCCCUUCUGAAUCCAUAUUCUGUCAGUGCUUUAUAUUCAGUCAGGCAUGAUUUUAAACAUGGGUCAAGACUUAGCAAGAAAGCGGGUGUCGGCAAGUCAAUUAACUUCUUAACAUUAGUUUCUUCAUUCGUAAAAUGGGGACAGUAAUAAACAGUUCUCAGCAUUGGAAGGUUCUGAUAUGUUUGGAUGUACAGUGGAUCCUCCAAUAAAUGAUAGUGUCUCUCUCUGCCACUUUUUUGAUCACCAUGAAUACUUCUCCCACCCCUGCUCCCAAUGUUCUCUCAGCAGAACUGGUUUUAUUUAUUUAUUUAUUUACUUAUUUAUUUUUGGCGCUAGGAUAGAAGGCUAAGAUCUUUCUCUGUUUGGAGAUGAACAAAGUCGAACCAGGAGUGAGGUAAAGACAAGAAAAUGCCCAGCAGCAUGUAUUCUUGAAGUGUCCAGAACCUACCCAUGCAACUUUGCUUUGUCUUAUUGAAUUAAAUUAGUCUCUGGGAGGUAUUUCAGCUGAGUGCCUGCACAUGAUGACAAGUGGUGAUUCAGAGAUUCAGGACCGCUUUGGGGACAGACAGGGACCAAACACCGGCAACAUAACCUAGACAUGGUGGUCCUAGCGGUGAGAACAGUCAGUAGCUGUGUUUGUAAAGUAGCAUGGAAGUGAGGUGGGCAGCAUGAGCAAACUGAAGAAUGAGAAAUCCUUCUAAAGGACAAUGCUUUGGUUGUGGCUCGACGUGGUAAGGGAAAAAAAGAAUAAGCAAGGAAUUUGGUCAGAGUCGGGUGAAAUAAGGGUGAGUUGUCUCUGCAUAACCAAUUUCUGUUUCUCAUCCCACCUCACUCCUCUCUGCCACACCCCACGUUAACCAUAAUCAUGUGAUGUGAAGGGCAACGUCAGUUGGUUUCAUAGAGCUGUAUGUCAGAAGACUGACAAGGACUGUAUUACAUGACAAUGAACUUCAGGGAGAUUUGGGUGUAUUCUGGUAAGGUCUGACUCAUAGAAACAGUUGCAGAGAUGAAUUUCCUUUAGCUGGAAGGUUGAAGAUCUUCACGAAGUAAGGUUCACGCACAAAACUUGAGUGGAGGAAUACUUCAAUAGUAUCUCUUCUUAAAAGAUCAAAUGUGAGCAUUUUCUCACACACCUAGUGAUGUACAAAUGAGAGCAACUUCACUGGAAGGCAUUUGGCAAUAUGUAUCAAAGUUCUUUAACGUAUCGAUCCCAUAAUUUUAUGUUUAAAAUUUUUUUCUAAGACAGUAUUCAAAAAUAAGGCCAAAUAUUUUUUAUGUUAGCAAAAAACAUGGAAACCACCCAGAUGCCCAACCGUAGGGGAUUGCCUGAAUAAAUUGUGAUAUAAUCUGUCUGGGUAAUGACUAUAUAUGGUUUUUAAAAUCACAUUGUAGAUGAAUAUUUUUUAAAUGAGGAAACAUUUAUUAGGAAAUAAUCACAAACAUCAUGUAUGGAACGAUUCCAACUUUGAUAAUAAACCCAGUGUGUGGAUAGAAAAACUAGAAGAAUAUACGCCAAAAUUUUUGUAGUGGAAUUAUGGACAUGUAAAAACAAUUUCUAAAAUACACUUAUCUGUAGUACACAUAAAUGGAAAAAAGAAAUAAUACAUUUUUUUCAAAUAGCAACAUGGAAGACAAAGUUUCUAACAGGCUAUUUAAGAGUUAAAGAAUUUAGUUACUUAGAAUUUAGAACAAAACUGUGUUCAUUUAUAUGUUCAGUCCUCAAAUAAUUGAUUUUGACUGUUAUUUUGCAAAGAGUUCAAAGUGGUUGGUUAGUUGAAAUGGAGGAAGAUAUACCUCAACAUCAGCCUUUUGAUAUAAUUUCCUUUCACCACUUUGGUCAAGAGGAGGGGCACUAAUUUUUUUAGUGUGAGUACCAUUCAGAGAAAAUUCAUUUCUGCCUUCUGUCUUAUAGUCCUGACGCACACAAGGGAUCCAGGAUUGGAAAGGCCAGCUUCUUCCACCGCAUUUCUGGACCAGUGUUCUCCACCUGCAUCACUGCCUGGCAUAGACACAGAUAUCAUCUCUUCACACUGAUUAAUAUAAGAACCAAGAGAUGAGCGAUCAGAAAGUGAUUUAUUCCACCCUGAGAUUUCUUCAGUCUCCUUCAGAGUCACAAAAUAGAAUAAGGCCAGGUAGGACUCAAAGGCCUGGGAAAACUGAUGACAAAGAGUUUUCAGUGCCCUGGCAUCUCAUUGCGGUGAUUCUUGGGAUCCUCUGUUUACUACUAUUGGUGACAGUUGCAGUGUUGGGAACAAAGAUUUUUCAGUAUAUUCAAGAAAACCACCAGCAGAGGGAAAAGAUAAGAAAUUUGAGUCAAGAGUACCAAAUUGUGCAAAAUGACAGCUACUUCAAGGAGCAACUUUUGACAAAUAAGAUUUUGGAAUAUAACAGUCGUGAAAAUGAAAGUCUUCAGCAGAAAAUGAAGCAGGAUUUUAUAGAAAGGACAUGCCAGAGAAAAAAUAUAGGCAAACUCUAUGAAAGCCACUGGUCCUGUUGUGGAAUAAAGUGUUACUAUUUUAUUCCUGAAUAUAAAAACUGGAAGGGAUGUAAACAGACAUGCCAAAGCUAUAAUUCAUUUCUUCUGAAGAUAAAUGAUCAAGAUGAACUGACCUUCAUUCAAACCCAAACUUAUAGGAAUUACUACUGGAUUGGAUUAUCAUAUAAAGGAGGAGAAAGAAAAUGGAAAUGGAUUGACAGUGACCCACUUUUGGGGAUGCACUAUGCAUUCAUGAAUAUUUCUGGGAGAGGACAAUGUGCAUUUUUAUCUUCAACAAGAAUAACAAAUGCUGAGUGCUCUCAGAUGUACAAUUGUAUCUGUGAGAAGACAAUUGGUGAUAUUUUCUUUCCCUGCUUCAAUAAUUAUAAGAAAAGAUGAGAUAGAAUUUUGUAAUUUUUUUUGUUUGUUGCUGUGAUAAUUUGUGAUUAUUUACAAACUAAUGUUUUUGAUAGCAGGACUUAGUUUACUGUGGAAACGGAGAUGAGUUAGAGAAGGAAGAAAAUGUUCUUUUUGGACUAUGAUUUAAGAAAUUAGAUACCUGAUCUUUUCUUGAGGAAGAGGGCAAGAUUUUGUCUUUGAAGAGCAAUUUCCCCUCUCUUUAAUGGCCCUGAGAAAUUCUCUCUUUCUAUUUCCCUGAAGCAAUUAGACAUCUCUGAUAGUCUAGUCUUUUCCUUAUUAAUAGGCUGGGUCUUUCCUUAUUAAUAGGAUGAAUCAUUUAAAUAGCCUCGGCUUUGAGGGAUGGCACGAUUAAGAACUAAAAAAUAGUUAUCUAGCCUCCCCCUCUCCCAUCUAGAUAAUCACCUCUCAUUAAAAUGUUUUUCUUUUGCUAUAAUUUUAUACUUCCUGAAUAGUUGAAACAACAGUAUAGAAACUCUCAUGGGGCACCUGGGUGGCUGAGUUGGUUAAGUAUCCGACCUUGGCUCAGGUCAUGAUCUCGUGGUUUGUGAGUUUGAGCCCGGCAUCAGGCUCUGUGCUGACAGCUCAGAGCCUGGAGCCUGCUUCAGAUUCUGUAUCUCCCCCUCUCUCUCUCUGCCCCUCUCCUGCUCACACUCUGUCUUUCUCUUUCUCAAAAAUAAGUAAACAUUAAAAAAAUGAAAAAAAGCCCUUUCAUAUAGUCUUUGCACAUUUACCAUUUGUUAAUAUUUUGUCCUAUCUGUACUUUAUAGUCCUUCUCUCUCUCCCCUCCCCCCACCCUGCUCACCUGUUUGAUAAUAAAUCGGGGUCAUUAUGUCCCUUUCCUAAAUGUUUUAUUAGAACUAGGACUUUGUCUUGUAUAACCAUAGUAAAAUUAUCAAAGCCAAGAAAUUUAGCAUUGACAGAGUACUGUGUUUUCAUCUAUAACCCAUAUUCAAAUUUGUCAACUAUCCUGAUUAUAUCAUUUAUAGGCAUUUUUCCUGCAUGUUUCAGGGUCAUAUGAUACAUUUAGUUGUGAUGUAUCUUUUUGUUUUGUUUUGUUUUACAUUUUAUUUUAGAGAGAGAGAGAGAGAGCGUGAGAGGGGGAGAGCCAGAGGGAGAGAGCAGACUCCAUGCUCAGUGCUGAGCCCAACGCAAGACGAUCUCACGACCCUGGAAUCAUGACCUGAGCCAAAAUCAAGAGUCAGUUGCUUAACUGACUGAACCCCCCUCUCAGGUGCCCCAGUUGUGAUGUUUCUUUAAUCUGGGAGAAUUCCUCAGGGUUGUUUUCCUUGACCUUGACAUUUUAAAAUACAACUUUAUUGAGUUAUUCUUUCAUGCAAUAAAACACAUCCAUUUUAAGUCAUGAGGUCAGUGGGUUUUUAACAAAUGUAUACAUCUCUUAAACAUCAUCGGGUCAAGACAUAGAACAUUUCUAUCACCUGCAAAAGUUCCUUUCUUCCCUCUCACUACCCACUGGUUCCCAGACAACCAGUUACACAUUCUGUCACUAAAGGAUUAGUUUUGACUGUGAGAGAAUUUCAUAAUCAUGUACUCUUUCAUGUAUCAGUAGUUCAUUCUUUUUUUUUUUUCUGAAUAGUAUUCCAUUGUACCAAUGUACCAGAGUUUAUUCACCCACCUAUGGAUAUUUGAUGUAGUUCCUACUUUUGUCUAUUACGAAUAAACCUGUCAUGAAUACUUUUGUAUAA